CGCCGGGGGCGGGGCAGGAACCAGAGCACGGCGGAAGUGACGACGACGGCGCUGAGCCCUCAGAGACUGGGCUGAUGUUGGAGGUCACUCACUUUUCUGGUCCCCGUUAGAGUCAGUCAACGGAGCACUGGAUGGACCAGGCAGAGGCUGUGUCCGGAACCGCGGAGGCUUUUCCUUUCUCUGCCCCCGCCGUCGUCUCUAUGGCAACCUGCGGUUCUGGGGCUGAGCGCUGAAGCGGAAAACUAGGAGGCGGGGCUUGGCCAGAGCGGGGCGUCCAGCGGGAAGCGGGGCGACGCGCGUCUCGUGACACUUGAAAGUAACACAUUUGAUGUGGCAGAACUUACCGUGGGCCAGAACCCACUUCGUCGGGCACGGCAUUUAUUGUCACUGUUAUCCUCAGCUGGCAGAGAGACAUGUAUACAGGAAUUAAUUUUCAGCUCUGUUUUGUGUAAAACAUUGGUCCAACAGUGCUGUAUCUCUUUCAUCCAAAGUACCAGCAAGACCUCAGUAAGAAGCAGAGUCCUUAUGAAGUAAACAGAAAUAGGUGUUGAUAUCUUCAUUCCAUGGAUCCUCUGGGCGCUCCUUCCCAUUUUGUGGAUAUUGAUAGUUUGACAGGAUGGACUGAGCUUUAUGAAGCCGACAAGUUGAACUCCUCUCAAAUUCCACCUGAAAAAAACCAAUUUGAUGUUCAUUCACCCUUCCCAUAUAGGAAAGACAUCAAUGCAAAAAUAAUAUUGUGGAACGGUGAUGUAGCAUUGCUAUCCUGCACAGCCAUAGUCAACACCAGUAAUGAGUCUCUCACUGAUAAGAAUCCAGUGUCUGAAAGUAUCUACAUGCAUGCAGGACCUGACCUGAGGGCUGAGCUACAGAAACUCAAAGGCUGCCGGACAGGGGAGGCAAAGCUGACAAAGGGAUUUAAUCUUGCUGCUCGUUUCAUUAUCCACACUGUGGGCCCCAAAUACAAGAGUCGAUACCGAACAGCAGCAGAGAGCUCCUUGUACAGCUGCUACCGCAACAUCCUACAACUUGCAAAGGAGCAAGCAAUGUCCUCCGUGGGAUUCUGCGUGAUAAACACGAUUAAGCGAGGUUACCCUUUAGUCGAUGCCACCCACAUAGCACUGCGAACAGUCAGGCGAUUUCUAGAGAUUCAUGGGGAAACACUUGAAAAAGUGGUGUUCGCAGUAUCUGAGCUUGAAGAGGCCACCUAUCGGAAGAUGCUGCCUCUGUAUUUCCCAAGAUCACUAGAAGAGGAAAAUCAGUCCUUGCCGUUCCUUCCUGCUGAUAUUGGUAAUGCAGAAGGGGAACCAGUGGUGCCAGAACGUCAGAUCAGAAUUAGUGAAAAACCUGGUGUUUCAGAGGAUAAUUCUGAUGAAGAGGGACUGGAGGCAGACUUGUCAUUUAUUGGCUCCCAUGCUUUUGCCCGCAUGGAGGGGGAUGUUGAUAAACAGAGGCGUCUCAUCCUUCAAGGGCAACUCUCGGAAGCAGCACUACAGAAACAACAUCAGAGAAAUUACAACCGCUGGCUUUGUCGGGCAAGAGCAGAGGACUUGUCUGAUAUUGCUUCCCUUAAGGCUUUGUACCAGACAGGUGUGGAUAACUGUGGCCGUACAGUUAUGGCAGUGGUUGGAAGGAAUAUUCCUGUAACUCUUAUAGACAUGGAGAAGGCUCUCUUGUAUUUCAUCCAUGUGAUGGACCACAUUGCAGUGAAGGAAUAUGUCAUUGUGUAUUUCCAUACUCUCACUAAUGUCUACAAUCACCUGGAUUCAGACUUCCUGAAGAAAAUCUAUGAUAUAGUUGAUGUCAAGUACAAAAGAAAUCUGAAGGCCUUGUACUUCGUCCAUCCAACAUUUCGCUCCAAGGUUUCAACAUGGUUUUUCACAACCUUUACUGUCUCGGGGUUAAAGGACAAGCUCCACCAUGUGGAAAGCCUCCAGCAGUUGUUCACAGCCAUCCCCCCUGAACAGAUAGACUUCCCUCCAUUUGUUCUUGAAUAUGAUGCCAGGGAAAAUGGACCUUACUAUUCUUAUCCUUCCUCUCCAGACCUCUGACCCCCAAGCUCUGCUGUUGUUUCUGGUUUCACACCAUCCUAUGACCUGCUGCUUGCCAAUACCAUAUGUGCUGAGCUGAUCCAAUCUAUGUACAGAGAUCAGAGCGAGGGCUUUCCUCCCUUCCUCUGGUAUUUUUUUACAAUGAGAUAUUUGCAAGCACAUAAGCAAUCAGAAAGCUAUAUCACUAUGCACUCUUUAUUUCAGACCUGUCUAUUGAGUGGAAAAAUUGGUUUUGGACAUGGAGUGGAUUUUAUUUUUUCUUUCUGGAUAUCAAGAUAUAUUUUCCUGUUAAUACAACUUUCUCUUUAGCCAUUCCAGGGCCAGUUUUUAAUCUAAUUCUGCAAGUUCUCAGAUCAUCUUUCAGUGCCAGAAUUCAGGCCAAUUUGUGGGGGGAAAGAUGUUCUGUGGUCUUUGCACUUCAAAGCCACCAUUAGUGCUGAGAUUUCCUCAGAGAACCAUCUAGCUGCAGACUGGGCAAAGCACUGCUGCCUGUCCCAAAGUUGCUGCAGUGUUGAGUGUCGUCAAUGCAACUUGAGCUUGGAAUCUGAUAAUCUGUCUCUUUCCCUGGAUGAUGUGAGAGAUAAGGGUGCUGCUGCUCCUCUGCCGCUAAAUAAUAAAACUGCAAGACACACUAGCAGUGUCUCCUGUAGUUCCUAGUACCUGUGGACUCCUCUUUGAGAUGACAAGAUGUAUGGAUGCUGUACAUGAGUGCCAUUGGAGUCGGCCACAAGCCAAGGCUCUGAUUAUUGAAAUCUGUAUCGUAUGUAGAAAAUCAAUAAUGCAACUUUUGUCUUAAAUAAUAAAUUAUUUGUAUCUGC